CAGCACCGCACCACCGACACUACAAACACGCACGAAUAUCCUUUCCUCCGCGACUCCUCCAAUACUUUCUUCAUCUUCCACAUAGUACGUCCAAGCCGCGCCUCGCCCCGCAGCCCCGCCAUCCCACUCUUCGAUAGGCACCAGAAGCGCCUAUCUGAGCCCACGAGAGCAGGGUGCGAUAAAUCCAGAGCUGAUCGAUACAUCUAGAGCUACGCCAACAUGAGCGGCUGGGGUCUGGGCUGGUUCGGCGGCGGCGGCCAGACGAAGAAGGAUGGCCCCAAGAAGGCCAUCCUUCAGCUUCGCGGCCAGCUCGAGAUGCUGAACAAGAGAGAGAAACAUCUGCAAAACCAAAUGGACGAGCAGGAUGCCUUGGCGCGAAAAUACGUCUCUACCAACAAGCAAGCUGCCAAAUCCGCAUUACGGCGAAAGAAGCAGUUUGAGCAUUCGCUCGAGCAGACAAGCUCCCAGAUCAUGACUCUCGAGCAGCAAAUCUACUCCAUCGAGUCGGCGAAUAUCAACAAGGAGACGCUAGAUGCCAUGAAGAAUGCCGGUGCCGCCAUGAAGCAGAUACAUGCUGGCCUAACUAUUGACAAGGUCGACGACGUCAUGGAGGGCCUGCGCGAGCAACAUGCUAUUGGCGAAGAAAUCAGCGAAGCAAUUACCUCGAGCAUCGCCAACAAUGGUAUCGACGAGGACGAGCUGGACGAGGAACUGGCCGAACUACAACAAGAGAAGCUGGACGAGCAAAUGCUCAAUACUGGCAGCGUACCCAUUCACGACGCGCCCUCGAGCCAAAAGCUGCCACAGGCGCCCAACACGAAUCCCAAGGCGCCGCAGCGAGUCGAGGAAGACGACGAGGAAGAGGAGCUGCGGAAACUGCAGGCGGAGAUGGCCAUGUAAGCUGACAUGGUCCACCAGACAUGGACAUCGCCAGUGGGCGGUGAUGGUCCUUUAGGAGUAUGGCGAUAUGGUCAGAAGCUCAGGUUAUAGGCUUCAACUUCUUUUUUUUCACCACCUUUGAUUCCUCACUAUUUUCCUUUUAUGUCACUUGCGGCAUCUAGUUGUUUCUUUGGAUCUUCGUAUCGAAUGCACCCAGGCUUUGUGUUUGGAGGCUGCACGUAGCGAAGAAUGACAGGGAAUGGAGAAUGGGAAGGGAGAAUAUUAAUACCUUGCAAUUUCAUGCACAAUUCAGCGUUCGUGUUAUUCUUUGGUGAUUUGUCCCUUGGC